CUCUGCUUUACUGCCUGUGGCCAAACGAACCCCCUCCCGAUUGUUGGGCGCGCUUCCGCCAAGCCCAAACGCUUAUCCUUAACUCUAAUUCUCACUAAGGGGACCUCUCAACACACGCACACACACCCGAUUGCCAAUACCCGGCCCGGCAAUCACCCAGCCAUUUCCAUCCAUCCCCCCCUCCUUGUCCGAUCCGGCCCCCAUGCCCAUGAACACACCACCAAGCCAAGUCCGAGUCUCGGGAUUUCAAUAGGCCUGUUUGCUAAUCCUUUCCCGCCCUCCUCCUCCGGCGCCGUCGUGCAUGUCAGCGGCACCCGGCCCUCUUCCACCGGUCAAGAUGUUACGCCGGGUACGCAGCCAGACAUCCUGGCGACUUUCCAGAAGGUUUCUCUUGCACCACCGCUGCCAAGAAUGACCGGGACUCAGAAUAAGGCUCUAAUUUUCGCUAAGCAAACAUGAACUGUAGCAAACAGUGUUCAUGCAUCAUGUUUUUCCAAAACACACACCUGUUCUUCUUCCAUGGCUGCGACGGUUCCCUCCCACCACCCCAAAAGAGGCUGAUAAUAUUGGCACGCAAGGCAUCAGAUAUUGACAUAUUGAACCGCCAUUCAGCAUAAUAUUUCUAUAAGCAUGCGUUCCAAACCAGCCAAUACAAGGGCUAUCCCGGCCACGACUGCCCGCCGGCCCAUCAACUCCGUCUUAUCCAACGAGUAAUACAAUAAGUGGACUCCAAUAGGCUGGGCUGGCUAGGCAAAGGUGUGCUCACUCACUCACUCACCCACACCACACCGAAGUAAACCGCCGGGUCCCUUGCCCUCCCGACACAUACCAAAUCGGUCACUGCUUGCUGCAGAGAUGCCGCCAGCCAGAAACUCAGAUCCAAUUCAAUCCAUCGUCCCCGUUUGUCUGCUCAGUUCUUCUUGGGAACGGCUUAUGUGCACACCCCCCGUUCUCAUACCCCUUUCCCUCCAUACGCUCUUCUUACGCAGAUAGACCAUGCUGAGAUGCUGGCCACCCACCCCCCGUCCCUGACCUGGGUCCCGUAGGAACCCGAGACACCAGCUAAACGGCUGACCGCAGCGUCUGAUACGGAGUGUGCCAAGCCUGACUACCACUUGAUGGAGAUCAUCUUAGCUCUGGCCAUUCCACCCCACGCUGCUCUCACCUAUCGACCAGACUUACGCACACACCUCCCUUGUACCCCCAAGUGUGUCUGUGGAUUCUCAGCAGCACGUUGCUUAGUAUGGAGUCCUGGGUUGGGGCUGGGCGGCGGCUCUGGGCAUAGGGUAGCGAGCGAGGACCGCCGCGUCUAUUACUCUCUUGCUGAGAGAUUCGUUUAUGCGUUGGGGGAGAGAGAGACACAGUAUGACCGGGAUUCAACUUGUACGAUCAAAGUAUAUAAGUUGGUGAUCCCGCUGUCUCGCUUCGACUUGAUAUCUCCCCUUUUGUAUACAUCUUUCCAUCCUCCUCUUUACAACCUUUUAUAUACUUAUAUCCUCUUCUUCUUUUACACCUCACCCAUCUAUUCAAAAUGUUGAACGGUCCUUCUGAUCCCGUCGUUGAGGAGAUCGGCCUCGUCUCCGAGCAGCGCGCCGCCACCACCAACGGCAUCAAGCACAACACAGCCAUCACCAAUGUCCUCGACUCUCUUGUUGAGGAGCCCGUCUCUGGCGCCACCAAGCUCCGCAAGAUGAUCUUCGAGACCAACGAGCUCAUUGUCUGCCCCGGUGUUUACGAUGGCCUCUCUGCCCGCACUGCCAUCGAAGUUGGCUUCAACGCCAUGUACAUGACUGGUGCCGGUACCACCGCUUCCCGCCUCGGCCAGCCUGAUCUCGCCAUCGCCCAGCUCCACGAGAUGCGUGAAAACGCCGACAUGAUUGCCAACCUCGACCCCUUUGGCCCUCCUCUCAUUGCCGACAUGGACACCGGCUACGGUGGCCCCAUCAUGGCUGCCCGCACCGUCGAGCAGUACAUCCGCUCCGGUGUUGCCGGCGCUCAUCUUGAGGACCAGGUCCUGACCAAGCGCUGCGGUCACCUUUCCGGCAAGAAGGUUGUUCCCCGCGAGGAGUACUACGCUCGCAUCCGCGCUGCCCAUGCUGCCCGUCUCCGCCUCAAGUCCGACUUUGUCCUGAUUGCCCGCACCGACGCUCUCCAAUCUCUCGGCUACGACGAGUGCAUCGAGCGUCUCCGCACUGCUCGUGACCUCGGUGCCGACGUUGGUCUCCUAGAGGGCUUCAAGUCCAAGGAGCAGGCCGCCCAGGCCGUCAAGGACCUCGAGGGCUGGCCCCUCCUCCUCAACAGUGUCGAGAACGGCGCUAGCCCUACCAUCACCGUCGACGAGGCCCGCGAGAUGGGCUUCCGCAUCAUGAUCUUCUCCUUUGCCACCAUUGCCCCUGCCUACAGAGCCAUCAAGGAGACCCUCACCCUCCUCAAGAACAAGGGCAUCGUUGGUACCCCCAAGGAUCUCACCCCCGUCCGUCUCUUUGAGGUUUGCGGUCUCAACCACUCCAUGACUGUUGACCAGCAGGCCGGUGGUCUCUCCUUCGCCAACGGCGUGUAAAAAACUAACUUGGCAUAUACGGAGCAUCCUUUUUUCACAUUUUCUAUUACAUUUUCGGGCCCAGGAUAUAUUUUUUUCUUUCUUUUCUUUUGUCAUGAUACACAUCAAUUGUAUAGCGAUGAUCUCUCUUAUAAUGAGACAGUUAAUGAACAACCAAAUAUGAGACUCUUUUUACAUCUUUUCCAUUUAUCCAUCUCCAAUCAGCUGUGACAUGCAUGCCUGCCAACUCAGCCUAUGUUUUAGCCACUCAGUCCAGUAUUCACAUGUCGAUCUUUGUGGUGUAUACCGCCCCCCCUUGGAACAAGCAGCCGUCUGUCCCAACAUAUCACAAAAUACUGCAUUGCAAUUUUCCUACCAAACCUUGCACCCCGGGAACCGCCACCGCCAAGCUGAACCAUCAAUCUCGCAACAUGCAUCGCCCGGACACCUUGCAUACUCAGCCACCCGUGAUCCCGGCUAGCGGUGCAGUAGUCGCUUUAAGCUUGCGAAAGCGGACAUUGCAUGCAUGUGUUGUACUGUACAGUAGUCCUCUUCCCCCUACCCAUUGCAGACAACAUAGCGCCUUGGCUGGUCUAGACCAAGCUGAGCCAAGACGUCUCAUCGCCUCAACACUAUUGGCCCUUGUCCGCAGCUCUUUGUUGUCUCACCUGCCAUCCGCUAACCUUAAUUCUGCCGGCCACCGUCCACCGCCGGACGCCGGCAAUGCUAGCCGAUCGCAGGAAAAAGGCGGUCGUCUGUGCCGUGUACAGUAAAAAGCCAUUGCUGGGGAUUCCUGCUUUCCUGCCGCCAGUUGUUUUCUGGGGUAAAGCGGCCCGAAAAUUCCCGAAUAAUGCUUUUACUAUUACAAUGUAAUAUGCACACCCCUCCACCACCGCUUUUCUAGAAGCAUUGAUCUUCGGUCUACUGCUUGUUAGCAGUGCUACUAUCACCACCUGAAUGUAACAACGGCAAGCUUCGCACGCGACAAUGGCGAGACGGGAUUUAACAAUGGGAUAUGCCGAUGUGAAUGAUACAAUAAAAGUCAUUUCAUUAAGUGCCGGUCUACUAACGCCCACGCUUGUGACCAAGUAACAAAAACCAAAAAAGCUAUGAUACUGAUGCUGUCGUAAAAAACGCCAACGAAGAGGAUGGGAAUAAAAGGGCGUGUGAUUAAACGUCGGAUUCCUAGCCAAUGAUAUAGGAAGGAAAAGAAGGUGCAGAUUGAGCAUCGUUACCAGAAGGAGGGUGCGUAUGGUCGUCGUUCGAAGCUAAAGUUCCAAAUUUCGGCCAGCCUGGGCCCUUCUGAGGACUGCUUCAGGCCUACAUGCUGCAGCACGCUGGGGUCUAGUGCCCAUUUGCUGUAGUCGUGGUUGCCAGCCCAUCCCUCGAGAAUCAUGUCGCCAGGAAAGUCGAACGGCGGCGUGGUGAGCAGGUGGUGGAAGCCAGGGAGCUGCCGCAGAGGGAAAACAAGGCCCUGUGCGCAGCAGCCGUACCGGGGCAUCUCGCGGAUACCAGAGCCGUGGAAGGGGUUUAGUCGAUUUAUGGUGACCCGACCCGUCAAGAAGAACAGGGCAAUGGCAGCAGGUGUCCAGAGCCCAAUGACUAGCGCGAUAAUAUAGUUGAACGUAUGCGGCGACUGUGCCGUUGGCUUCAGGCUUUGAUAGCCAGGCCUUCGCCGCCUUCGCCACAGCUGGAUACAUACAACCAAGAUGACAGCGUAUAGCAGCGCAAUAUAUCCCAUAUACGUCGGUGCCUCUUCCGAGUUCCAGCCCAUGAAUGUUUCCGAGUAGAAUAAACGGAGGUAUACCCACUCCCUACCCGACUCUCGCGACUUGGCUUCCACUUGGGCGAGGCCGGCUUUCAUCUUGCGAAACCAGUCGGGCGAUGCGAUAACGUCGUCUUCAAUAAGCGCAAAGUAACGAGAACCGGUUUCUUGGCAAGCCGCGACCAGCGCGGAAUGGUCCAUUCGCAUGCUUUCUACGCGGUCUGUGCGCUCUUUAUAAGGGAUUGUCUUGUAGCCUUCAUUAUGGGUGGAGUUGGCCUCUCCGUAGACCAGCACUUGGUCCACGAGAUCUGUCAGCCACUCUUCACCAUAGGCAAAGUGCUCUUCUGGAUUUCUAUCGGCCAGCAAGACGUUGAUAUGUAUAGAUUUUCGUUCCGCAGGUUUCAGACCAUGUACUAAGCUGCCCACCGUAUGUGUGAGGAAAGCUUCCGAGGCGCGGUUGACGCUGGGAAUGCCUAUGCAGAGAUAUUGGCCCCUUCGGGUACUAUUGUGCGAUCCCUUGUAUUUGUGUAGGUAGUCGUUUUUCUCUAUAUCGUGGAGAAACGCAUCGACUUGCUUCUUUCGGGUCUUGGAAUAUCGUUCGGUGUAUGCUAGGUCGCGGUUGUAGAAGAUGGAGGAAGGGUCGUCAUAGGAGUUGAAGUAGCUCCAUAGCAGCGCUGCGGACCACAAGGUCCAGAAGACGAGGUUUGCGCGUAGUACGGUCCGCAUCCCUCGUAUUCUUGUUAUUGUCUGUCGUAAUUUCUGCUAGCUUUCUUUUGCAAUUUUAUUGAUGACUUUCGAGUUUCAUGGUCGGUCUGGGUGCUGGGCCCCUAAAAUACGCGGAGCCUCCGGAGCGGGCGGCAAGACUGCUGUCGCGAUACGCUGAGAUGGAAGCGAGGCGGAGUAAAUAGCAAAGAAAGGAGCAUUAAAAAAAAUCAGAAUGAAUGCGCCGUGAUGCUUUCUCUCACUUUCGUGUCCCAGCACCUGGUUUUGGUGAAGGAGGAAGAAGACAAACGGCGAGGCUAGCGUCCGCAGCGUAAAUUAUGACUACUCGUUUUCCCUUCCUUGAUGCUGCACGGC